GUGCACGUACACUUAUGCGCACCGACGUCAGGUUAAUUUGGAAAUGGUCGCGGCGCUUCCGAGUUCGAGUCGGCGGUAGUGUUUUUCCUUUGAGUCCCCGGCGUGUUUACGACCCAACGUGGUGACGUUUCAUAGGCAAGGGAAUAGUGCCUUCGGGGAAGAUGCCGAAGUUCCAUAAGAUCGAAAUCAAUCGGACCGAAUGGGAGGUACCGGAGCGAUAUCAGAUGCUCACUCCCGUCGGCUCGGGCGCGUACGGACAAGUCUGCUCAGCUGUGGACACGAUAAAUGGUCAGAAAGUAGCUAUAAAGAAGUUGGCACGGCCUUUUCAGUCGGCCGUACAUGCUAAACGGACCUAUAGGGAGUUGCGUAUGCUGAAACAUAUGAAUCAUGAAAAUGUCAUUGGUCUAUUGGAUGUAUUUCACCCGUCUUCAUCGUUGGAGGAUUUUCAACAUGUAUAUUUAGUGACACAUCUUAUGGGAGCCGAUCUCAAUAAUAUAGUACGAACACAGAAGCUCUCUGACGAUCAUGUACAAUUUCUUGUAUAUCAAAUCCUCCGUGGAUUAAAAUACAUUCACUCAGCUGGUAUUAUACAUAGGGACCUGAAACCAUCUAAUAUCGCGGUCAAUGAAGACUGCGAAUUAAAGAUCUUAGACUUUGGUCUGGCUAGGCCAACAGAGAAUGAAAUGACUGGGUAUGUGGCUACCAGAUGGUACAGAGCACCUGAGAUCAUGCUCAAUUGGAUGCACUAUAAUCAGACAGUUGAUAUUUGGUCGGUGGGAUGCAUAAUGGCUGAACUUUUAACUGGAAGGACACUAUUCCCAGGAACUGAUCAUAUUCACCAAUUAAACCUUAUUAUGGAAAUUUUGGGUACUCCACGAGACGAGUUCCUGCAGAAAAUAUCAACAGAAUCAGCUAGAAACUACAUACAGAGUUUGCCACCCCUGAAGAAGAAAAAUUUUAAGGACGUAUUUCGCGGAGCUAAUCCUAUGGCAAUAGAUUUACUCGAGUUAAUGUUGGAACUGGAUGCAGACAGAAGAAUAACUGCGGAACAAGCUUUAGCCCACCCUUAUUUAUCAGAUUAUGCUGAUCCGACAGACGAACCUGUGUCAUUGCCUUAUGAUCAAAGCUUUGAGGAUAUGGAUUUACCAGUUGAAAAGUGGAAAGAGCUCGUGUACCAUGAAGUGGUAAAUUUUGUACCUCAACAAGCACCACCUCCACCCGUGACGAAUUAAUCAACGACUUCGUUGGCAGUUUUGUAGGGCAAAUUGGUACAAUUAACUGGCGUAAGAUUAAAAAGCAACUAAAGAAACAAAUAUAAAAUGCACAGAAUAAUAUUCAACUGUACAUAAUAUGUAACCGAGGGUAGCCCAGAGUUCGAGCUUAUUUUCGCAUAGUACAUUGUAUAUUUUUACUAUCAUCAGAAGAAGCAGAGAUCGAAAGUAUAAGAAGCAAGGAUCACUUCUACUUUUGAUUAAGCUUAUUGGCAGGGUUUGUGUGAGCAUUUCCAAGAGUUCAGAACUACUUUUUGAAGUCUUCUAUACAUAGUAACGGGAUAUUACAUACUGUGUACUAUGUACAUAACGAAAUAAUAUAAAUGGAAACUUGAAUAGAUCUAUCAUUACAGCAGUUAGUCCUUCGUCUUAAUGGUAGACUCUUAUGACUAUUAUGAUACUAUAUGGACCUAAAAUUAUUAGGAUUCAUAUCUUUAUAUUCUUGUAUCUGUCGAUUUUUCAAAAUAUGAAAUAGCUUUUUGAAGAUUUGUACGAGCUAAAUAGCUCAUUUGACUAGAUCGAAAAAUUGAGGCGAACAACCACAUUAAAAGUGUUGUCCGUUCACUUUUGAAUUUUUUAAGGGCGCUUUCACCUGUCUAAGGCCUAAGCCAUUAUACGUACCUUCGUACUAGGUUUAAAGACACAGUAAUCUAAACGAUAAUCAAAAGAAGCCUAAUUUAUUACAUAGCUUACUAAUUUUCUAGAACUACUCAAGCUAAGAGAUUUUUUUUAACCAUUCUAUUUUCUAUUCAUAUAACAUAAUUAAUGCCAGGUUGUAGUUAGAGAUAGCUAAAGGUAAAUUUAUUUUUGCGAACAUAUUAAGCACCAGUGAAGGCUGGAGAGAGUUACUGCAUUUAUUGAUGCAAUAACGUUAGGAUAUUUGCAAGAAAUAUUCAAUUGUAACAGGGCGAAUUAAUUAAUCGAAAUUACGACAUAUUUUCUGUUAUAACAGUUUAACAAUACGUAGACUUCAAGUCGCUGUCUCUUAUGAAAUGUCAAAAAAGAAAAAGAGACUAGUAUUAUUUUCAUGUUAUGUGUUCAUAUUUGGAAGUAUGGAAAGAAAAACGAAAACCUGUGAAAGUUGCGUUAACCAUGUACUAUUUUUGUUGAUCUUUUCGUUGUUAAAUAAAGAACAAAGAUGACACCAGC